AUGGGUGGAUAUGUUAUGGAAUCUGGAGAAUUUGAUGAACUUUUAAAUUAUCUUGGCACAACAGAAGAAUGGUCAGAAGCUGGUUUUAUUCUCCCUGAUGGUACUUUGAUUGAUUUAUCUGGAAAAGAACAAGGAGGAGAUGAAGAAAAAAGAAAUCUCCAACACAAAGACGUAAGAGAAUUUGGUUUUGAUUUAGUGGAUUUGUUAGAUAAAGGUGUUAUAAGGCUUGGAUAUGGAGACCAACCUGUACCUUUUGUUCAAGUAUCUCUUAAAAACGGUAUGCCAACUUCAAAUCAAUGGGAUAGAAUAGAUGAAUUACUUUCUAUGUCUCCUUAUAAAUUAGAUUUUGAAGCAACAAUGGAAGGAUCAGAUAAAGAUAAUCCUAAAACAAAUUUCUAUAAACAAUAUGAUAUAGAAAGCGAAAUAAAAGAUGUAAAGCACGACUUGCAAGCUUAUAUAAAUGGUGAUAAAACAAAUAUAGGAAUUCCAAGUGUGACAGAAGGAACAAUGCCACUAAGUUAUCCCAAGGGUCCGUAUGGUGUGAUGACUAAUGGUUCUAAUCCACUAAUGACAGGCAUAGGUCCAAUGGUGUAUCUAAAUCAAGAGACAGAUGAAUGGAUAAUAGAACCACAAAACGCAAAUAAAGAAAUUCCAGAUAUAAAAGAAACAGAUUUUGAACAGGUAACACAAAGAAUAGAAAUCGCAAUAGAAUCUAAAGACAAAAAUCAAAUGAAAGAAGUUUGGGCUUGGAUUAGAAACUUGCGUAAAACAUCAUUGGCAGCAGAAGGAGAAUUUGGAGAAGAUGGUUUACUUAAAGAUGCUAAUGGAGAUGAAGAACUGGCCCUAAAACGUAUCAAUUUCUAUAUAAAUCGUGCCGGUGAUGGUCUUUCUAAUAAAACAGCUGUGCAUGCUGCAAAAAGAGAAUUGGAGAAAAAGGUAGAAGAAAAAAUGCAAAGCAAAAAAGAUGAAAUACAUGACAUACUAAGCGAAUAUUUUCAAGAAGCUUAUAACACCAUGUUUGAAGAUGAUGAACCAAAAGCGCAAAAACCUAAAAAAAUGCGUUAUUGGGAUGCCAUUGAUUUUUUGAUUGAUAAUGAAAUAAAUCCUUAUUGGCUAAUUGUUCAACCCCGUCAAGCUUUGUAUUUUGAGCCAUAUAAUUCAAUAAUGGCAAUGUAUGAAAUAAACCCAGAUAAAACUAUAAACAUGCUUACUUAUAAAAAUGGCAAAGUUGAUGGUGGGAAAAACGAAGAAGGUAAAUUUAUUCCAAAUAUCACAACAAUAUCUCCAGAUGAAUUCAAAGCAGCACUUGAAGAUGAAAGAAAUGCAAAGGUUGUAGAUAAUUUUAAUAAACACUACUAUGACCUUGAUACAAUUGUUGAUAUUAUAGCCAAUGGUGAUGAACUUUAUAAUGCUUGGAUGGAAAGAUUUUACAAUGAACACAAAGACGAACUAGGUCUAUCAAAAGUUCAUAGUUGGAAAACACACAAAGCAUUUAAACAAUUUUGGAAUGAACUAAGUAACUAUGAAAAAUCUACUUAUGCUAAUCCUAUGGGUGUUUCUGAUAAAUAUGGACUAGCAACAAAAGAUCCAAGAAGGGGAAUGCCAGUUGGAAAAAUUAGAUUUAAACAGUCUCCACAACGUCUAAAUGGCAAAACAACUUCUGUAGUAGGUGAUGUGGAGCCAGGGCAAUAUGAACCACAAAAUAUAACAUCAGACCAAGCAAGAAGCAAAAUGUCUGAUCAUGAUUUGGUUUCAUAUUGGUUAGACAAAUUUGGUAUAGACUCUAAAUAUGCAGAUCAAGCAAUAAAAGACCAAAGCGGUACAGAGUGGAAAAUAGCUAAAGCUGCAGAAACCCAUAAUGACAUAAGCCCUGUUCGUUUUCAGCUUGUGUUUCCAUCUAAUCCUGAUUUUAAAAUGGUAAAAAAACCUGACGAAAUUGAAGAUAUGAUUAGAUUAUACAACAAAGAAGAAUCUAUUGAAGAAGCUUUUGGCAGAUUUGGCUCUAAAAUGGCUCAACCAACAAUAACUGAUUACAAUGCUUUAUAUUCUUAUCUUGAACAAAACGGUAUAGAUCCUAAAUUCUGUCGCGGUGCAAUAUUAUAUGGGGAUUUAGGACAAGAAUGGAGAAUUACUGGCUACAACUUAUCAGAUCCAGAAAAUCCACUUAUAGCACUUCAAUCAUUCUCUCAACCAGAAGAAACUAUAAAUGGUACUUCUAAGGUUUCAAGUAAUAAGGUUCCUCUAUCUGUUGUUCAAAAAUGGUGUCAAAAACCUAAAAAUCAACAAUCUCAAAUCGAAUGGGAUGAUAUAAUGCUUGACCCAGUACUCUGCGUUGAUACCACUGCU